AUGGAAUACACCGGCCUGGGGAAGGAGCUAGAAUGUUCUGUCUGUCUGUCCCUUUAUACAGAUCCUGUAACCCUGAGAUGUGGACACAACUACUGCCGGGUCUGUAUUGAUCAGUUCCUGAAUACACAGGACAGCUCUGGAGUUUAUUCCUGUCCUGAAUGCAGAGCAGAUUUUCAGGAGAGGCCUGCACUGCAGAGGAACAUCACUCUGUGUAAAGUCAUGGAGAAUUUCCUUUCUACUCAUCGGGUCAAACUCAACACCUUGAAUUUUUGCAGUUACUGUCUAGACUCUCCUGUUCCAGCUGUAAAAUCCUGUCUUCUCUGUGAGGCGUCCCUGUGUCAUAACCACCUGAGAGCUCACAGCAAGACAGCAGAACAUGUCCUUACUGAACCCAGAACUUCCCUGCAGGACAGAAAAUGCUCCAUCCAUAAGAAGAUUCUGGAGUAUUUCUGCAUUAUGGAUGCUGCUUGUAUUUGUGUGUCCUGUUGUCUGAUUGGGGAACACCAGGGUCAUAAGAUGGAGUCUCUAGAUGUGGCCUCUGAGAAGAAAAAGGAGAGCCUGAGAAAUAUUUUGCAGAAACUGACUACAAAGAGAUUAGAAAAUUCAGAAAAGAUUUGGAGUCUGGAGGAACGCAGGAUAAAAACUCAAGAAAAAGAAGCUACAGAAGUCAAGAGUGUCAAUGCCUUUUUUGCAGAUAUUAGGAGAUGGCUAGAUAACCUGGAAAAGAAAGUUCUGAGUGAGAUCUCAAGGCAGAAAGACCAGGUGUCUUUGUCUCUAAUGCGGUCCAGCCAGAAGCUGGAAACGGAAAUGGAUGAGCUGUCUAGAAAGAUAAGGCACAUUGAGGAGCUGUGUAACAUGACUGAUCCACUGACUGUCUUACAGGAUCUGGACACAGGUGACUUGAGUGAUCUUAAGGAGGAGAAAGGUGGUGAGGACACAUGGGGACAUGAUGAAGGUGAUCGGGGUGUGGAGAUGAUCUCCCACAUAUCACAGACAUUAUCUGAUAUGAUAAGAGAUGCAAAUGCAACCUUCUAUGUGCAGGGUUCUGCAGAGAUAUCCCUGGAUGAAAUGACAGCCGAUAAUAAUAUCCAUAUAUCAAAUGAUGGCAAAAUUGCAACCUGGACACGAAUAGAGCAGAAUCGUCCAGAAACAUCAGAGAGAUUCCUGAAUCUUCAGGUUAUAAGCAAAACGUUUUUUAUUUCAGGGCGACAUUACUGGGAUGUGGAGAUCAGUGAAUCUAAAGAAUGUAUGGUGGGGAUUUGUUACGCUUGUAUACACAGGAGAGGGCCGCAGUCAUACAUUGGCGAUAAUAAAAACUCCUGGUGUUUACAUGGAGAACUGUAUGACAAUCAGUGCUCAGUGAUACAUGAUGGGAAAGUUAUUCGGUUACCUCACCAGAUCACCAGUGGUGGCCAAUUCUCUGGGGCUAGAUUCAGGAUAUUUCUGGAUUAUGAAGCUGGGCAGCUGUCCUUUUAUGAGCUGUGUGAACCCAUCAGACAUUUAUACACCUUCACUGCCACCUUCACCGAACCCCUCUAUGCUGCAUUCUAUGUAUGGAAGGGUUGUAUAAAGCUAUCAGGAGAGGAGCAAGAGCUAUCAGGAAAGAUGUGUGAGCUAUCAGCAGAGGAGCAGGGCCUGUUUGAGGUCUUAGACGUAAGCGAAAUCUGCCUCGAUGACUGAUGACAUCACAUAGAACAGAAUCUGUUUGGUGGAACUCUCUUGGUAUUUAUCUGAGAUGCCCUCUCUAUAGAGAGCUAUAGAGAGACUGGAUGUUAUCUUCAUUGCAUUCCAUGGAUACAAGGCCAGGACUACGCUUGGCUCUCAUAACAAGAACUCAUGUAGCGGACAGUUGCAGGUCUUGACCAGACCACAGAUCUUUUUCAGGCUAGUCAGCAGACAAUGUAGUGAGGUUUCCAGCCUGUGCUACACUGCCUGCUGACCAGCCUGAAGAAGGACUCUGAAAUAUUGUUACUUAACACUCCAAGAUAGAAUGUGCUGAGGUUUAAGGCAAAAUAUCAGCCAUUCAGAUAUCAUAUAGCCAUAUGGUAAAAUAUCACAAAGGUCACAAUGUAAAGACUAAGGUGCAUUUAUUACAUAUAAUUCACCAGAAACCUGCAUCAGCAUUUACAAACAGUAUAUUGUACAUAAGUGUAUAUACAGUAUGUGUGUACAUGUCAUCAGAAUUUCUCAGCAGUGCAACCUCAAGUUUUGGGCCUGGAAAUUCCAGCCAUGAUAACUUAGCAUAAGGCUACAUGCACACGACCGUUGUGUGUUUUGCGGUCCGCAAAUUGUGGAUCCGCAAAACAUAGAUGCGUCCGCGUGCGUUCCGCAAUUUGCGGAACGGCAUGGA